UCACCUCACCCAGGCGGCUCUGAUGGGUGGUACCACCAUGGUCAUGGCGCUGGUCCUGCCUGAGCAGCACUGCUCCCUCCUGGACGCCUACGAGAACUGCCGAGCUCUGACCGACGCCAAUGCUGUCUUACAUGAAGUGCGUAGCGAGAUGGAGACCCUGGUGAGGGAGCACGGAGUGAACUCUUUCCAGAUGUUCAUGGCCUACAAAGAUACGAUGAUGCUCAGGGACUCGGAGCUCUACCAGACGCUGCAGACCUGUAAAGACAUCGGGGCCGUCGCUCGAGUCCACGCUGAGAACGGAGAGCUGGUGGCAGAGGGUGCUAAAGAGGCUCUGGAUUUAGGCAUCAGUGGACCGGAGGGUAUCGAAAUAAGUCGACCAGAAGAGCUGGAGUCUGAGGCUACUCACAGAGCCGUCACCAUCCCCAACAAGGAGCACGUCCCACUUUGUACUGAGCACAUACUUUCCCAGCAGGCCCAUGAGGUAGCCUGGCGUGUUGGGGUCGAGGCGGAGAGGAGGGACGACAACGUGGGCGGCAGCAUGAACCCAGUCCUGACGGUAAUACUGCUUCCCGUUCAGCACGGCGUGAGCCACCGUGGUCUCUGCGUGGACCACCUUACCUGCAGGGACAAACAAAAAACAUCGGUUACAAGAAGACAAUCUGCUUCACGUCGUUGCCACUGUCAGAAUCUGUCAGAGUUUAAACCCCUAAAUCGAGCACCAGAACUCCCCUUUUUGUCAAUAUCAAGCUUCAAAUCUAACUUUCAAACACAUAUUUCAUACCCUUGAUAAUGUGAUAUUAUUGUCAUUUAAACAUACCAAAAGGAAAUAAAACAUGGAAUGUCAAAGGAAGAGGUUUGUUUUUUUGUUUUGUAAGUUGCAGCCAGAAAGAGAUAAUAUUGGAUUCACAUUAGUGAAAAUCAGAAGCCCCACAAACAAACACAUUCACUCACUCGUGGGGGGUGAACAGUGAAACGUAUAUUAAUAAGUGUGAGGUCUGUUAAAAACUGGCAGUUCAUAAAGUUCAGUAACACGUCAAUGAAUCAUCACAACUAAAUAUCUCUCAAAGAAAUCCAUCCCGUAAGCCUUGGCCAGCUGUGAGACAGACAACAGUGAAGCAUUGACUUAAGAAAACAACAACAACAACAACUGAAUGUCAUCCCCUUCCACACAUGUGCAGUGGGAUCUGCGGGCUGUCGGCUUUAUGAUGAUUAUAACAAACGAUUAUACGCUUUUUGA